AUGAGCGUCGAUGGCUUCCUCGUCGGGGCGUGGGCAAGCACCGAGGCCUUUGGCAACACGGCGCUCGACUGGAGCGAAGACGUCAAGGCCGGCAAGGCCGAGCUCCAUUUAGCGUUCUCGGCCGACGGCCGCGUCACGUUCCGCAUCGAGAAGAGCGCCAAGAGCUACCGCCACGUGCUGCCACCCGAGAGCUCGUUCACCUGCGACGUUGCGACUUCGACACUCCAGAUGCACCAAGAUAUUUCCGGCUUGGAAUGGCACUACCAAAAAGAAGACGACGUCAACCUGCGACUGCGCCUCGUCGGCGCCAAGCGCUUUGGCCGCUGCAACGGUGUCGACGUCAUCUACCUCCGCCGCGUCGUGUAG